GUAGAUGUUAAAACCAGAGACGUCUCUCUCUCUCUCUCUCUCUCUCUCUCUCUCUCUCUCUCUCUCUCGUCUCUUCGCUCGUGUUCGAGACCAUCGCACGCAUAAACCCUAAUUCCGCAGAAACCUUAGCUUUGUCUGGUAAGAUUCGAGUGGAUAGAAUGGAUCAACAGCCAGAACCAGUUACUUACGUCUGCGGAGAUUGUGGACAAGAGAACACUUUGAAGUCAGGGGAUGUGAUCCAAUGCAGAGAGUGUGGAUACCGUAUCCUAUACAAGAAGCGUACCCGUAGAGUUGUUCAGUACGAAGCUCGCUGAGAACCACAGCCUUGAAUGAUGAUUUGAAGUCUGCUAAGAUGUCAUAGAGACUUCUCCUGCCUCUGUUUGUAAUAUAAUCCCAGUUCGACUUGAAAUUAUGUUUCUGUUCUUUUGCUAAGUGGCUUGUUUUUGUUUGAUUUGGUUAACAAUAUGACUUUGUAACCCAUUAUGGAAUGUCUCUCUUGAUCUAAAAUCACCCAUCAUCAGUUACGCAUA